GGUUUACUUCCGGUGUGCUCGCGCCGUUGUGUGUCAUGGACACCGAGUAGAUUUAUCAUACAGACUGAGAUAAACUCUCAAUAAUCUGAUUAUUUUGCUCGGAUUUUCCUGAGAUCUGUCAGGUGGCUGAUCGAUGAGGAGCUGAUCUACUCUGUACGGAGACAGGAGAGUGAGACUGCGGACAGAAAAUCCUUCACCAUACGGUUGUGAGUGCAGCAGGUUUUGAGGAUGGUGUUGUCAGGGUUACGGUUGUCACGGCAGCAGCUGAAGCGGUUGGAGGAGCACAGGUACAGCAGUGAGGGUAAAUCUCUCCUGGAGCCAUUCAUGCAGCCCUUCUGGUGCUGGCUGGUGGAGAGAGUUCCUCUAUGGGUUGCCCCCAACCUCAUCACCAUCAUCGGCCUUACCCUCAACAUCACCACCACACUCAUCCUCGCCUACCACUGUCCUACUGCUACUGAGCAGGCUCCGACGUGGGCAUACCUGUCUUGUGCAGUAGGGCUGUUUAUCUACCAGUCACUGGACGCCAUUGACGGGAAACAGGCCAGACGGACCAGUAGCAGCACUCCAUUGGGAGAACUCUUUGACCAUGGCUGUGACUCGCUCUCCACUGUGUUUGUGAUUCUCGGGACAUGUAUAGCAGUUCAGAUGGGGACGAAUCCUGACUGGAUGUUCUUCUGCUGUUUUGUGGGUGUGUUCAUGUUCUACUGCGCGCACUGGCAGACCUAUGUCUCAGGAACACUGCGCUUCGGCAUCAUUGAUGUGACUGAAGUGCAGAUGUUCAUUAUCCUGGUUUAUCUGCUGGCCGCUCUCGGAGGAACAGCGCUCUGGUCAUCUCUGAUUCCGGUGUUGAAUGUCCAGAUGAAGAUGAUCCCUGCAUUCCUGACCUUCCUGGGAGCUAUAUUUUCCUGCACAAACUACUUCCGGGUCAUCUUCACAGGGGGGAUGGGCAAGAACGGCUCCACCAUCGCGGGGACGAGUGUGCUGUCUCCAGCGUUCCACAUCACUCUGGUCUUGGUGUUAGCGGUGUUUGUGUAUAAAAUGUCAGCAGAACAGCUGUUUGAGAAAAACCCGUGUCUCUUUGUUUUGGCGUUCGGCUUCGGGUCCGCCAAACUCAUCAACCGCCUGGUGGUAGCCCACAUGACGAAGAGUGAGAUGCAGCGCAGUGAUGCUGCCUUCCUGGCUCCUCUGCUCCUGGUUAUUAAUCAGUAUUUGAACAGUUUCUUCAGUGAACACUUCCUCCUCUGGGUGGCGCUGGUGCUCUCUGCAUGUGAUCUGGUGUGUUACUGCACGAGUGUGUGUAAGCAGAUCGCCACUCACCUCAACAUCAGUGUUUUCAGCCUUCAGAAACCCAAAACCUGCCGCAACAACCACCACUAACACACACACUCUCACACACAAUCUCACAAACACUCUCACACACACACACACACUCUAAAAUCCUCCGUCCUCCUGUUAUGCUCCUACAGCAGGUCAGUCACCAGUCACUCCGGUGAACUAAUAAACAACACACACACACACACAGUCGAUUUUAUAGGUUGAGGAAUUAUUUUUAAUUUUCAUUGCAUAUUAACAUUUAUUAUUUUUCUGAUAUAAGUUUGUCACUAAAGCUGAACAUUAGUGUUGUUUGUUUUUAAUAGGAAUUAUAAACAGGAAGUGGAUUCUCAGCUAAUCAGAUUCCCUCAACACCAUGAACAGAGCAACAUUCACAGUUUAUACAGUUACAUGAUGUCAGGGAGGAGUGUCGGGGAGGUGUGUCGGGGCGUGUCAGGGCGUGUCAUUUUAAUUCUUUAGGGUAGAUUUUCACCACUUUUUAACACACAGUAUUAACACACUGGCCUCUGAUGCUAAUAUGAGAUGCUAAUAAAAGGCAGUUGAUUAUCAGGAACAGGAGAGUUAGCAUCAGAACAAAGUUUUAACGCUCAAGUUUGGUAGAUCAGCUUAUUGUCUAGUGCUUUUCUGAUCUCUCUCACACACACAUGCGCGCACACACACACACACACAGGAGAGCGGUGUACAGAUCUCGUUAGAAGAUCAGAUUAAAGCUUUGUGUUUUGUGGUGUACGGAGCGUGUGGGUGUGGUCAGUGUCAGUGUUGUGUGUGUUUAUUAGGGUUGGGCAACGAUUAAAAUUUUUAAUCGCGAUUAAUUGCAUGAUUGUCAUGAGUUAACGCGAGUUAACUCUCCCCCCCCCUCUCUCCCCCUCUCAAGGUUCCAUGCCUUUCUCCGUGUUUGUUUAUUCACCUGUUCGAUUUUUUUUUCCGGUUCCUUUCAGCCCCACGGCAGUCUUACGCUUAUCCCAAACGCUUUCAUUGGUUCAGACGUGUCAUGAUGUUUAUCCCAAGCCAAUACGGAUGAAGAUCCCACCCCUCCCGUCACCCAUGGUUUGUCUGUAUGUGUAUUCAACAGACUUUUAAAAUAAUUUACAAAAUAAUAAAAACUGUGUUAAUGCGCGAUAAAAUAAUUGUCUGCGUUACUUAAUUAAUGAGAACGCGUUAACUUGCCCAGCCCUAGUUUUUAUAUAAAAUGUCUGUGUGUAUUUUUGUUGUUGUUUGUUAGUUGUGUUGCAGUCGUACACCAGGCCUCAAGUCUUCCAGAAACAUUUGACUUUUUGUGAUUUAGAAUCUAAAGCAGCUGCUGAAGGAGCUGUGAGAACAUGGCGCUGUGUUCUGAUCCGGUUUAAGACUACGCUCUGGUCCACUUCCCCUGAGAGUACACGCUAGCACACUAACCAGCUAGCAACAAUCAAAUGUUUUAAAAGUUUUAAAAUAUUUAUAUUGUAUUGCUUCUGUUUUACAUGGAAAAGGCUUCAUGCACCACAGGUGUGCAGUGCAUUCUGGGUAAUUGAAUAAACUUCCUCCAAGCUGGAGAUGAGAUUUUAACGGCCUUUAACAUGGUCAUCGAGGGGAAGUGGACGAGGGAGCGGCUGAAGCGUUAUUGGAGCGUAGUAGCGGCUGAUAAUGAUGUCACUACAUUAAGCUCCGCCUCUGAAGACUGUGUGUGAGCACGCUGACUGGUCAGAUCUGUGUUGUUUACACUCCUGAGUUAAUGUGACGAUCACGUGCCUUUCUCGGUUAUUCCUCACUCUGUUCUGCUGGACUCUAUGCACACCACGUUCUACACACCAACCACGUGACCGAUCUCAUUCACACUCACGUCCCGUUACUCUCACGUGUGUUAAGGCUUUAAAGGUGCAGUAAGUGUUUUUUCUACAUCUGAGUAAUAAUGUACAGAAAGUUAUAGUGAGUUCAAAAGGUCAGUUUUAUUCUCCUGAAGUUUUUUUUUUUUUUUUUUUUUUUUAAACCUGUUCUACGCUGCUGCGCAGGUCAGCGCUCUGAUUUUUAUUAAACCUGUGCUCUGGUCUCACAUCCUGACUUCCUGCUUCUUCAUUUCAGCUGCUCUGCUGUCUGCUUCAUUACAUUUACAUUUCACAUCAUUAGAACUAUCCAGUGUCCAGUAACAGUCUGGGCGGAGCUACAAACAGUGCUGGUCACUGAUUGGUCAGACACAGUAGUGACAGAAUUGUCCUAGUGGUGGUGGUGGUGGUGGUGAUAAUAACAACUAGAUUUUGAUGGUUUCUUCUCCUCCACCUUCCCAUGAUGAUCCGUUCACAAACUCUUAUUUCCUCUCUUAUUUCCUGUUUCUGCUUACUGCCUAGGGUGUAGUGUUCCUGUGUGUUCCCUAUGUAGUGCACUUCAUGCCCAAUAAAACUCGACUCAGCUACAGGAAGUUUCAAAUAUUUUGUUGUGUUUUUUUUUUGCCCUUCUCUGUGCUCCUGACCGCUCUAACAGACUACCUCAGCUUCACAUCUCACGCUUCUUUCAUGAGGAUCAAUUUCUGCUUCUGUGUAGAACUUUUCCUUCUACCUUCUGUGUUUAUAUUUUUGUCGUAGUUUGGUUAAUGAAGUGAUCAGGCACCGUGGAAGGUGUGGCUUAAGGGGGCGGGGCCUAAGGAGCCCUGUGUUUGUUGUGAAUAUUUGAUUUCUAAAGUGAUAGGUAAUGUUAAAACAAUGAAAUGACACACAGCUUAGAAUUCUUAUUGCACCUUUAAGGUUCAGCUUCUGUAUAUGCAAAUGAGGUGGGAGGAGCCUACAGUAUUUACACAGUGUUUUCUUCAUUACUGCACCUUUAAUUCCUCUGUUCAUGAGAUUACGACACAUUAAAGGAAGUGUGUGUGUGUGUGUGUGUGUGUGUGUGUGUACACAGUCCUGUUUAACUCACUACCUCAGUGUGUUGGUGAUUAAUUUCCUCACAUUCCUUUAAUAAAUCUGUAAUGUUUUCAUUUCGUUAUUAUUAUUAUUAUUAUUAUUAUUAUUUCUACAGAUUUUUAGAGACUCCUGUUUGAUAUGAUUUUUUUCUGUUUAUUUUUAUAUUUUCUGGUUCUGGGAGUAGCACACUGUUUUUCGUGAGCAGGACACACCCACUAUAACCUCAAUACAGAUGUGGUGCUGAGUGAACCCAAAGCAGGUGUGUUAAAGAAGCGUGUGUUCUAAACCUCAUGCUCACUACACACUGCACACUCGGGACUAUUUUAGGAAAUGUUUUUGUGUUAAUGUGCAAUCCCACAAUGCAUUGUGAGAGAGGAACACUUGAGGGUUCUGGGCUAGAUUUCAGGAGUGGCAUUAAUGAUCAGCGUCCAAAAACAUUUAGAUACAGAAUACCCAUAAUGCACUGUGACCAUUGAAGAUGAUUAGGGUGUGUGGUUUGGGACAAGUCCACAGUUCUGUUCCCUUCACACUUAAAAGGGUUUGUUGGAUAUUGAAGGGUUCUUCACUUCUUUAAACAGGUUCUACAUGGAACCCUUUCUGAUACAAAGUGUGGGUUUUAAAAAUCAAGAAAUGGAAAUAUAAAGAAUAGAAAUCUUUGUUAUUUUUUUUGUUUUUUAGUUUGCGGUAUUUAAUCUUGGACAGAUGAAACAGCUGCUUGUUUUUAACCCUCAGAGUCUCACCUGGUCUGUAUUUUAAUUUUACAUGGAGUGUCAUGAAGCUGAUUUGUAACGUGUCCAGUGUGAAAAUAAAGACUGUUAUAUUAACAUCAA